UCUUGUGUCAAGAAUUUGCAUAUGGGAACAGCUUUAUAGUAGUUAGGUCACAGAGAACACCGGGUUAGUUACACCACCCUGCCACGAGAGAUCUAUUAAAGGACUACUACUCCAAGCAUAACCCUCAUUUCAUAGAAUAUUUUUUGCACAUACAAUUUUUAAAAUGACAAAAUUUCCUGGCACGGCCAGAGAGAAAUAGAAGAUAUCAUUCAUCUCUCAGACUGCUAAUGUAUUAGAAGACUAUAAAAAGAGCUAAUGAAGGAGAAACAUCCACGUUCCCUACCACUUAAGUAUUUUAUAGAACAUAAAUUCUAGUAUUGCCAGGAGCAGAACCGGUUAACAAUAAUUCAUUAGGUGAGGUCUGACAUUACAGACUCGCCCUGAUUUGGAACACAGAAAAACAAGCUCCACUAGAUUUCUGAAACGUUUGAAAGUUGUCUUCAAUGAUUUUCUGAGAAUGGCGUCUGACCAGAUGGAUGAAUGUCUGGAUCCUACAAGACUGAGAUGUGGACACAACUAUGGGAAGAGUAUCGAUGAUGUACUGGAUACCCUGGAGGGUUCUAGAGAUUAUACCUGUCCCGAGUGCGGAGAGAAGCUUCACGGAGGUCCUGAGCGCUCAGAGAUACGGCCUGUAAUCGGAGACAACAACAUCUUCUGCACAGACUGCACGUUCUCGCCUCUACCUGCUGUGAUAUCCUGCUUGAAUUGUGACGCUUCUCUGUGCGAUAAGCACUUGAGAGUCCACAGCAAGUCAGAGGAGCACGUCUUUACCAAAUUGAACUUCAUGUGCUCCACUCACAAGAAACCUGUUGCGUUUUAUUGCUCUAAAGACGCAGCCUGCAUCUGUGUCACCUGCGCUCUUUCUGAAGAACAUGAAGGACACGAGGUAGAGCCAUUGACUGAAGCCUCAGAUAAGAGAAAAGAAAAACUAAGAAAUGUUGUCGAGGAAUUGGACAGAAACAAAAAGGCUACAGAGGAAAGAGUAGAGGACCUACAAAAAUAUCUAAGGACAGCCCAGGAAAAAGUAUCUGGAAUUACCGAGAGCGUUGUUGCAUUGUUUAGAGACACAAGAAAGCAGCUGGACGCCCUAGAACACAAGAUCCUCGAGGACAUCGCCAACCAGGAAAAGCGAGCCAGAGCUUCAGUCUGUCAGGUCAUUCAUGAGCUGGAAAUGAAGAUCGAUAACCUGUCCAGAGAUAUAAAGGAUAUAGAGGAGCUAUGUACCAUGGCACAGCCUUUGCCUGUCUUACAGAGGUGGGAGACAGUCAGACAUGACACUGGGGACAUUAAAGAGGCCGUCAAGGAGGACAGGAGCGACGUGGACAUAGGUUUGAUCUCGGUGACUGUACACACAGCCCUUUCAGAUGUUGUUACUAAUGUGAAGAGGGCUUUUUACGUCCAGCAGACACCAGAUAUUGUGUUAAAUGUGAACACGGCUUCUAAUGAUCUACAUAUUACCGCUGACCUUAAAAGUGCGUCUGGGUCAGAGUUCAAGCAGAACUGUCCGAAGUUACCCGAGAGAUUUCAGCAUAACCAGGUUUUAGGUAUCAGAAGCUUCUGUUCUGGUAGACAUUUCUUGGAAGUGGAGACCUGUCCGGCCGGGAACUGGAGGCUAGGAAUGUCCUAUCCCAGCAUCGCGCGGAAAGGCUACCACUCACUCAUUGGACACAGUAACAAGUCAUGGGGUCUGUGCAGGUAUCUGAAUCAGUAUUUUGUUAUACACGACAGACAUGUCAUUCCUGUUGGCCAUAAGCCAUUAUCUCAGAGGUUGGGGAUAUUCCUGGACUACGAGGCUGGCCGCUUAAGUUUUUACGAGUUGUGUGAUCCGAUAAGACACCUGCAUACUUACACAGCCACCUUUACUGAGGCCCUUUAUCUUAUACUUGGUGUGUAUGCAGGCUGGCUAAGAAUUAGAAACUAGAUAAAACUAUCUAUAAAUGGAUGGCUCCAUGAAACGCUGUUAUGUGGUUUAGAAUGGCAACGCAGCAAUUUGGCGCCGUCAUUGGUGAACACAUGGGAUGUAAGGCAUGACAAGCAUUUUUUUUCAUAUUUCUACACUUGCAGAUCUGUCGUCUUCUUCCCCCCUUGUUGUCUGCUCAUAUUCUAGGUCAGGGUUUCCCAACCAGGAUGUUCCCAGUUGUCACAAAACUAACUAUUUUGAAACAGCUGGAGGCACCCUGGAUGGGAAACACUGACCUAGGUAGCCAACCAUCACUGAUCUAGAAGUGGUGGCCAUGCAGUAUAGGUCCGGAAGUGCGCAUCAGCUCCCCUGGUUGGCCUCCUUGUCUCUAUGUAUAGUACUGGUGGCUGCAGGCAUUGUAAAGAAGGG